AGUCUUCACGACAGACUGCAGAAACUCUGUGCUCGCAGGAGAUCCCUGCGGGCCUGCCUCUUCGCCAAAGCUACGCCCACCCCCGUCGUUACGCGCUGCCUCAAGAUGUCAAGGGACAUUGACCUCUUGGGCGAGGCCCAGGCGAGGUACGAACAACUGGAGCGUGAGUGGCGAGCCACCGUAAAGCUGAUUUCCCCGCUGGAUCCAAUCAAAAAUUAUUUGGCGGCUGUUAAAGAAAAGUUUGGUAAGCGGGCCAACCUGAUGAGCGAGAUAGUGGAAAAAAUGAGACAGACCCAGAAGCCAUUGCUGGGUGUCUUUCCAAUCAGAAAUUUUAUAACCGACUACAGUGCUGAUACCCAAAAUACUGUCAGUCGGAUAUCUUACUUGAGUGCAUUGCUAGAAAGGGCCGAGAAAAAAAUGUGA